AUGAAAAUUGAGUUUAUCGGAAAAGCGGAGAGAUGUGAGGAUACCGAUAAGGAUUGGAUUUUCAUCAACUAUCGGAAAAUAAAAAAAUCAAUAAUUCCCGGAUAUUUCAAUUUUCUCAACAAAAUUGUCGGUGUGAAAGUGAAAGAAAUCAUCACAAAGAACUUAUGGCACCCUGAAGAGAUGUUCGCUCGAAACCUCCAUGACAUAAUUUACUCGGAUUUAAUUGGCGGGAAUCGCGAAAGUGUCCGAAGAUUGAUUGGACUGGAAGAUGUGUGUGAAGGAUGUGGGAAUUGUGCGAAUAUGGCAAGACAAUGUGUGGAGUAUGGACCAGUGAGAUUACUCGAAGAUAUCGCCAAUGACUGUACACUGAAAUCGACCACAAAAGAGGAGUGUUUCAAACAUUUGCAUGGCGUCACACGACCUUCUAUUUCAUGUGAUACACUGGUUCUAUGGAUUUGCGAAUUGAGAGAAUACUACGUUGACGGAGUAAAGAUAAAUUCUCAUUUUGCGAUGCCACGGGAAGUAUUGGACGCUAUGAUAAGGAAAUGGAAUGUGAAAACAAUUCGAAUGAAUAUGAUUACAUGCACAGUUGAAAAAAUAUGCCGUGAGAAAUGGAUAGAUGGAGGAUACUUCGCGAAGAUCAAGCUAGAUGAUCCAUACUGGAAAACGGGUCAAUCCGGUGAUUUGAAACUCCAACAUGUUUCCGUCAGAUUAGCGAAUUCAUACGAUUGUGCUGGUGGCCUGAUGUACAGUAACCCAGAAACAGUUUACGAGAAGAGAUUCGAGAACUACAUUGCAAACCUCCGAAGACUAUUCCGAAUGGACAAAUUAUCUAUUGAUUUCAGUCACUGGAAACAUGAACACAGUUGUAGUUUGGAAGAGUUUAUGAAGAAUAUAUUGAGAGUGAUUCAACUGGAGAAACAACGGAAACUCGAAGUGAAUAUUCAGUUUUUCACCGAGAUUCGCAGUUUUAAAGGUGGAAAUACUGAAGAGUUGGCUGAAAUUCCAUCGGAAUACUCCUUGCUCAGUGAUCGAGUGGAAUGUAUCCGGAUGUUUGUCCCAUGUGAAAUUGUCGAAAGUGGUCCAGAGAGAUUGAAUAUGAUUAAAUGGGUUGGGAGACGAUUUCAGGUGAAGGAUAUGGAUAAUCAUUUCACACUCAACUUGAAUAUUUAUGUGAAGGAAACAGAGUUGAGGGAGUUGGAUAACGGAUUGAUGGACACACAUCCGAAUAGCUUGAUUGGAGUGUUCUUGCCUGUGGCAACAUAA